AUGGAUGUCAUCCCUAAAGAACUGCGAAAGCUGUACCAAAAGGGCCAUGAUGACUUUAAAAAAGGUUAUUUUAAAACAGCCCGAUCGAAAUAUCAGCAAGUACUAGAUCGAAUUCAUAGUACUAUUAAGAAUACAAGAAUUCUUGAUGAACUUCAAUGUGACGUGAGUUUGGAUAUUUCUGCUACUUAUCGACAACAACAUUGCUAUAGCGAAGCUUUAGAUUACUGUAGUCAAUCAGAGGAGUUAGCAAGAAUGCUGAAAGAUGACUUAAGACUAGCUAAUUGUCUUGAUAGUCGCGGAAAAGUCAAAGGUAUGAAGGGAUUGUUUAAAGAUGCUGCUGAUGAUUAUUUGAAAUCCAUAAAGUUGAAACUUUUGGCUAUAGGGGAUAAUAAUAUCUAUAUCGCUGAUACCUAUCAUGGCCUUGCGGAUAUUUAUUAUUGGCAAGAUAAGUAUAAUGAAGCUCAAGAAAAUUACGAAAAGUCACUUAAAAUUCGAUUAGAUAAAUUUGGAGAUGGUCACUUAAAAACCGCUGAUUCCUACUGCAGCAUCGGCGAUAUGUAUAUCACUAAAGAUAAAAUCGAUAAUGCCUUAUUAAUGUACGAAAAAGCUCUAAAAAUUAGAUUGAGCCAGCAAGGCAGCAAGAGUUUAGCAGUAGCUAAUGUUUACGAUUCCAUUGGAGAUAUAAAACAGCAACAAAAUAAACUUGAAGAUGCUAUGUCGCUGUUCGAAAAAUCCUUAAAUAUAAAAUUAGAAAUUGUCGGUCAACAUCAGUUUGAAGUUACGGAAUCCUACGUAAGAAUUGGAGGAAUCUACCUAUCUCAAGGGAAAGAUCGUGAAUCUCAGAAUAUUAUUGAGAAAGCUCGCGAUAUACGGCUAGAAUUAUUUGGUAACCAUAACUUAUACGUAGCUGAUGCAUUUCAUGAAUUGGCCAAAGUCUAUACAUAUCAAAAUAAUUUCGAGGAAGCCAAGUUCUUGCACGAGAAAUCUUUAAAUAUUUGGCUAGACUUGCUUGAGCGUAAUAGUAUAGAAAUUGCUAAAGUUUAUCAUAACUUAGGCACGAUUUAUUACACAGAAGAAGAAUAUGAGAAGGCUAAUUCAAUGCUUACGAAAGCAAUAGAAAUAAAGUUGGAAUUGCUUGGUCAUGAAAGCUUAAAUGUGGCCGAAUCUUAUCAAGCUCUAGGUAGGUUAUAUACUAGCCUCAGCAAGUUUGAUAAGGCUUUAGAAAUGUAUAAUAUGGUUCUGACUUUACGAUUAAAAUUUUUGGGAGCAACCAAUUUACUUACGGCUCAAAUAUAUUGCGAUAUUGGAGAUAUUCAUAGCAAGCAAAGCCGAUUCAUCGAUGCAAUAUUAAUGUAUGAGAGGUAUCUAUGUAUACAACUUGAAUUAAAAGGGGAAGAUCUGCAAGUAGCAAAGGUAUAUCACAUUCUGGGAAAAAUUUAUCUUGACCUGGAUCAGCUAGAUGAUUCCAUAUCGAUGUUGAAAAAAUCAUUGGUUAUACAGCAAGAAGUUGAUACUAAACAUGCAUUUAGUUUAAUCGAUUUAUAUCUCAAUCUUGGAAUGGCUUAUUACAGGAAAGAGGGCUAUAAUGAUGCAUUAUCUAUGUGUCAAGAAGCCCUAAGCUUUCGUUUAAAAGAAACUAAUGAUCAAAAUUUAGACAUUGGUAAUAAUUAUCAUAUUUUAGGUUUAAUUCAUAAUGAACUCGGUAAUUAUGAUCAAGCCAUUAAUAUGCUUUCAAAAUAUCUUAAUAUUAAGCUUCAGUAUUUAGGAGAAGACGAUGCGAUCGAUGAUCUCAUAAGAUUAUAUAAUACUAUCGCCUAUGUUUAUUAUAAUCAAGACAAACAUGAUGAUGCUAUGUCGAUGUAUUACGAAGCCAAGAAUCUUAUUGUAAACAAAUUUGGUGAAGAAUCAUUAGAGAUUUGCCCCAUUUACGAAGGAUUGGGCAACGUUUAUUUCAAGCAGGAACAGUAUGAAGAAGCUUUAUUGAUGUAUGAGCCCUGCUUAGAGAUUUACUUCGAGAAAUAUGGAAAACGACAUCCAGAAAUUUUAUAUGUUUGCGAUUGUAUGAGAGAAUGCUAUUCUAAACUUGAUAGAGAUCAGGAAGCACUUGAAAUGAUAAGUCUGUUGAAAAUAAAUGAAUCUGAUCUAGAAGUUUUGGCAAAAGAAGAAGCAAAAGAAGAAGAUGAGGAAGAAGAAGAGGAAGAGAAAGACCAAGAAGAAGUACAAUAG